AUGGACUAUCCACCGGAGCUCUCCAGCCCCGAUCUCGUGGGAGCUCUUGUCCAGCACACCGACGAGGAUCAAGUGAUAGGGCUCCGCAUCGACGCCUGCCUAAACCAUGGAGACCCGGCGAGCUGGAGCAGUUUUCUGCGCAGCAGCGGGCUGGUAGAGCGGGAGACGCUCAACCACGUAGCGAGUGCCACGACGCAAGGCAGUGCCUCAGGCAAGAGGAGGAGCAUUUUGGUGGUUCGGGUCUUUACCCUCUGUUGGACAGCCGCCGUGGAGCUAGCUAGAUAUUACAGCUCUCUUUGUUGUGUCUCAAGGUCCGGUGCUUGCCAGUUCAGCGCGGUGGCCGACCAGCUGUUCCGAUCACGCCCUGUGACGGAGAGCUUCAGGCCGGACGUCUACCUCAGGUUGCUGGCCCUGCACUGCGUCUCCCACAACCAGAACGCCUUCCAGGACUUCAUGCUCCAUGCGGCACCGGUCACCCGGCGCCAGCGGCAGCGCGGCGGCGGUGGUGUGGACAUGGAAGAGUACGCCCGGCGAAUGACCAGCAGCCGCUGCGACGGGGAUCACAUCACUCUACAAGCGCUCUGCGACGCCCUUAAGGUGAACAUCAACGUCGUAAAGUGGACCAGGGACGAUGGCUGGUACCCGCGAACGGUGGCCAGCGCUACUACCAACGACGCGGCGUCCGCCAGCAACCCCCCAGCGGCAGUCGCAGAAGAACCACGGCGCCCCAGCCGGAGCGUGUUCGUGGCGGACACGCUCCGCCCGCGGGCGGUAGCCUCCCUGGACGCACGCGCCCGUGACUUGCAGCUGCAGGGGCGCACCCUGUGGCUGUCGCUCCACGGCGAGGCUCAUUUCCGGAGCCUGCGGGUGCGGGACCCCGUAACGGAGGCGGAGGCUGCUGCGCUUGGUCGGGCGGGGGAUUCGACGGGGUCGGCCGGUGGUGGCGGUGACGCCAGCGGCGGUGGGGGUGGGCGUUCUUCUUCUGCAUCUCCCUCCUCGUCGUCGUCUUCUUCCUUAUCUUCGCCUCCCAUGGCGGGUCGUACCUCCUCCUCCUCCUCCUCCUCCUCCUCGUCUUCCUGUUCCUCUUCGCCGCCACCGUCCUCUUCUUCUCAAGGGAGGGGGGGCCGGUCAAGCCCGCGCCUUAGAUCCUCGUCAUCGCGGUCUCGCUUGCCUGGCGGCUGUGGUCCGGGUGGUGGUGACGGCGAGGCUUCCGCGGCGAGCGCUGCCCCGGCGGCAAGUCCGAAGGGUUCCGCCACUGCCGGUGACAGCGGAAGUGCUUCUGGACCGGCUGCACCGGACGAGGCAUGCCGAGAGGGACGGCGGGAAGAACAACAAGCAUCGUCAGCGACAGAUGGUGCUGGUAGCAGGGAUGUGGUGGUGGCAGGGGGCACAGCAGAUGGAUCACCGGGGGGGAGGGGCCCCACGGUUUCCCCGCCGGAGGAGGCGGAAGCGUUGCCAGACGGUGGUGGGGUAGGUGAUGGUAGCGCGAGCAACGGUGAUGGUAGCGGCGGUGCUAAUCCUUCCUCGGCGACAAGAGGAAGUGAGUCGCCCAAUCGAGAUGCGGCUACCGUGGGGGGAGAUAACCUCGUACGCCGUGCUGCCUCCCGCGACGGCGUGGAGAGGGUCGGUCCUGACGAAACGGCGGCGGCGGUGACGGCAGCGGGGGAAGGGGCGGUCCAUUCCGAGGGGCGCGCGAUGCCUCUCAAAGAAGGCUCCCUUACCGGUGGCGCCGCCGGCGCCAAUAACGACAGCUGUAGCAAAGGCAACAACGGCCAGGACGAUGAGGGGGAGGCGGAGGACUGCUCCAUCUGCAUGUGCCCCGUGACCGGGGACGAGGACCAAGCGUCUCUCGACAAGUGCGUCCAUGCCUUCCACUUCACGUGCAUCGUCAAGUGGGGCGAGACGACCAACCAGUGCCCCAUGUGCAAGAGUCGGUUCUACGUCAUCACCCGGCUGAGAGACGAUCACGUGAAGCGAUUCCGAGGCAGCCGGAGGAGACGGCCGCUGGACGAAGGAGGGCUGUUCGCACCCAACGGCCACCUGGGCGGUCUGCUGAUCCCCGAGGAGCCGGAGCCGGAGGGGGCCCGGGCGGUGUGCCUGCACUGCCAGGACGGGGGCGCGGAGGAGCAGCUGAUGCUGUGCGAUGGCCCGGGCUGCAGCAAUGCUGCCCACACGUUUUGCUGCGGGUUGGAGGAGGUCCCCGCGGGAGACUGGUUUUGCCCCGCUUGCCAGGCCCGUCGGGAGGAGGAAGCCCGCAGGCGAGAGGCCGACUCCCGCCGCGACGCCAUCCUGCAGCGGGUGUGGGCCGUAGACUCGGGGUCAGAGGCAGAGGAGGAGGAGCAGGAGGACGACGACGGGGUGGAGGAGGAGGUCGGGAGAGGGCAGCAGCAACAACAACCACUGGAGUCAUCUGGGGAGGAGGGUGUGGUCACUGGGGCGGGUGCUGCAGGAGAAGGUAGCGGCGCCGCGGGGGGCCGGAGGACAAGGAGGGCAGCCGCGGAGGCGGCGGCGGCGGCGGCGAUCACAACGGCGGUCACGGCGGGGGCAGGCGCUGAAGCUAUCGACGAGGGCGGCGAAGUGAGGGUAAGCAGCGGGGACCUGGAGGCGAUUGGCUUGGGGGAUUCGUCCGCCUCUUCGUCGUCAUCCAAUGAGGAGGAGGAAGAAGAGUUUCAUGGGUCGGACGCGGAGGGCGGCGAUGCCGGCGCAGGAGCAGGCCCGACGGAGACCCGAGGCCGCACGGCCGUAGGCAGCGGUGUCGAAGGCAGCAGCCGCCCCCGACCCCACAGCAGUGCCAGCCCGGAGGCGAGGAGAAGAUCUAGCGACGGCUCGGAGGACGGCGAGAGACUUGUGAGCGUGCUUCCGGGAGGCGGCGGGGUGUCCGGCGGGGCUGCUGCCGGUGGUGCCAGCAGCAGCAGCCGUCGCCGCGGGAAUAGAAGCAACGGCGGUGCCGUGGGUCGGAGCGGUCGCAGUCAUGACGGAAGCGGUUCCGCCGCCGCCGCCGCCGCCGCACCCAAUUUCUGGCCCAGAGUCCUAGCGUCUGCGACAUCCGCGAUGACCCCGAGACACGUGUUCGCGGACGAGGAGUACGGGCAGGAGCUGGCGAGCAGCGAAGACGAGGCAGGGCCACCGGCCGGUGCGACUGGGGUCGUGGCGCAGUCCUGGGCUGACGCGAAGCUUGCUCAGCAGUUGGCACAAGGGAAGAACAAAAAGGAUAAGAGCAAGGCUCCUUCCACCUCGAAGCAGCCUCCACGCACGGCGACGACAACCAGAACCCGGCCACAACAACGACAGCAACCCGUGCGCGGCAGCGUUUCAAAUGGUCAGGCCUCCGUCGGCUCUCCUGUGUGGAACGGCGGCGCCGCGUCUACUGCAGCUUCCACUGCCGCCCUGAGAUCCACCCCGCCGCCGCCGCCGCAGCAGCAGCAGCAGCAGCAGCGGCGGCCGGAGCGCAGGGUGUUCAAACGUCCCAGGAUGAUGCUUACGUCACUACCCCCGGUCUUGCCGCCACCGCCGCCGCCCCCGCUGACGAUGUCGUCGGCGAAGCGGUACGGCGGCCGCACCGGCGGGGGUGGUAGUGUUGGUGACGGGGGGGGGGUUGCAGCACGAGGAGGAAGGAGGGCGGGGGUAGGCACGACGACGACCACCCCGCGGCUCCCCGCUGCGUCGGACGUCCGCCUGGGACACUCGGAGGUCCAGGCGCUCGUGCAGCGGCUCCGGCGCGUGGCGCUGAAGGAGAGGGAGCGGCGCUCCAGAGGUUGGGCCGUUGGGGGCUCGUCUGCGAGGACGGGUGUGUCUGAGGGCGGCGGAGGUGACCCGAAGGUGGCGGUGGAGGUUGAACAGACGAUGGCAGAGCUGCGCCGGGUGGCUGUACACGGAGACGCCACCACCCUUGACGUGCUGCUGUCUUCGCAGCUUCCGACGGUCCUCCGCCUGUGGCUGGAGGUCGCACCGGACGGCGGGCCAUUCCUACCACCCCCCCAAAGGGCGUCCCUGCUCAAGGUGCUCAUGGUGCUGCCCGUCCAGAAGUCGCACCUGCGGGAGAGCGGCAUCGGCAAGCUGGUGGUAGCGAUGGCGGCCGACCCGGGAGAGACUCGAGACAACCGGGAGCUGAUCAAGCAGAUAGUAAGGCGGUGGAGCCAGCUAGUCUUCAGGACCCCCAGGGAGCUCCCGGUGUCCCCGUUCUCCCCGCACAACCACGCCUCUCCGAUACCGCGAAGGCCUGCGGCGGUAGACACGGCUCGGUACGCAGGUGCAGGUGCUGGUGCUGGUGCUGGUGGUGCUGGUGCUGGUGCUGGUGGUGCUGGUGCUGGUGCUGGUUGGACCACCGCCGUUCGAUCUCAUCGUGCGCGUUCGUUGGGGGGAGAGAUGUUGUGGGCGUCAUCGUCGUCGUCGCCGCCGCCGGCGGCGUUGCCGCGGCACGGAACGUUCCAAGGAACGCGAGGAACGCCCCCGCCGAGGGGGAAGAAGCUUGGCGGCGGCCGAAACGGCGGCAGCUCUUCGUCUUCGGCAACUCUUCGCAGGGGAGGGGGGGCAAGGGCGGUGGUCCGCACCAUCCCUCGGCGACACGAUGUCAGCGGUGGCACAGGCGGGGGCGGAGUCAAGAGAACCAUCCCCCGCCUGCCGCCGCAAGACGGCAAUGGGGCACGGGGCGGCGCCGGCGCCGGCGGUGGUGCGGCGACUUCGAGCCUUUCGUCGCCCGCCCGCCACGCGGCUCGUCACCGAAACCACCACCGCGAAUCCGCUUCUUCUUCUCGCGAUUCAGCGUCGGCAUCGCUUGUUCCCCCGACCUCGUCGUCGUCCUCGUCCUCGUCCUCCACCGCUACGUCUUCCUUGCCCCACCACCGCCAACUCCACCUCGGCGGUAACGGCGGCGGAGCCCGCGCCUCGCGGCCCCGCUCAUCGUUUUCGAGACCCGCGUCUGAUGGAGAUGCAACCCCGCGACCUCAACAGCAGCGGCAGCCGCCGUAUUGUUCCCCUUCCCGCCAUUUUCCCGCUCGCGCCGCGAACGCUCCCGGCGGCGGCGGCGGCGGAGGUGACGGUGGCCGCAAGCGUCCAAGGGAGGCGUCGCUGGCGGCGACGGCGGCGGCGGCAGCAUCCCACUCGCGAACGCAACACUCGGGCCGUCAAGAAGGCGGUGGUGCGGAGAACGGACGCGGCGGAGGCGGGGUUUCGAGGGAAGUCGGAGGCGGUGGUGGCGGCGGUGCGGUCGGAGUCCCGUCGAGGCGGUUUGAUUGGCCAGCAGCGAGGGGACCGCGGUCUGGUUGAAUCAAGUUCCGAGAGGCGAAAAUGGGUGGCUCAGGUCGAGAUCGAGUACAUAGAGUCAAGCCUACUCGGCGGUAUUGGCUCUGAUCGAGGGCAUCUGUCGCCGCGUGUGUCAAGAGUCCAGCUUCUGGCCCCGUGGUCGAGGGGCUGUGCGGGUCCGCCACUCCUGCCGCGUGGCCGCCGUUGUGUUAACUAGCUGAGGGAAGGUAUUGCCCGAAGCACCCAGGACUCAACAUAGAAAGAAAGGGCUUGUCGGUGGCUGUCGUGUGUUUGGGUGGGGAGGAUCAGACGUGGAGAGCAGGAUGGAGAUUGCAAGAACGACAGGUUAGGAAAUAGCAGGUAGUAGGUAGACCUUCAGUCGACGUGCGUGUGUGCCGAACCUGAAGUUUCUUCGGCCUACUCUCUCUCCAUCGCCGGUAAUGAGGGGGGAAGGAGGUGGUGCGGAAACUUGACCUUAUCAGAGCGGUGGGUUGGGUGUGGUGGAUGUGGUCAUUUCCCGUGCUCGACACAAGACCGGUCCUAGCGUUUUCGAUAGCCCGGCGUGGGUGCCUUGAGUGUUGGCAAACAUACGACGGCUGUGGUAUUCCUCCCGAGUGUCCUGUGGAACAGGGUCAAUGGCCACGACGGUUUGGCGUCGUCAAUCGUCGCUACAAACCGUCGUCACACAAGAAAUGCUUAUCAAACAAACAAAUAAUCGGUUUUCCAUCAAGUGUUCGUUCAAACCACAUUCUCAAUUAAAAUUCAAACAUCGACCACAUGUCAACAAAUCAUGGACCCCAAAAGAGUCUUCAACAAGUACACUCCAUUUCCCUCAACUCCGGACCCAUACCGUCUCGUCCGUCACUGCAUCUACCCGUCACCACCACAACUUGUCAGACACACCAACGCGCUCAACGCAACAUCACAGGUUUCACUCCUGACCCCCAUCUUUCUUUCUAUUACCACUCUAAAGACUGCGCCCCCAUCUCUCUCUCCCCUUCAUCCCUCACAAGGCCUAGCCGAACGCUGCAUCUGCGGGCGUACUCGACUCAGCACACAAACCAGCACCAAACGCCUCCUCUAUCGAACCCCCUCCCACAGAAACGUGUUGUCAAACGAUCGAAGCCCAGCUACCGACAGCUAAACAUUUGAUAUCUAUCGGCAUGCUUGCUGCCCCCGCCCACGGGGAAUCCCCACGUCCCGCCCCCAACAGGCGCUCGCUCUGAUCAACCCUGUCAGCGACGCGCGACUCACUUUCUCCCUCCGUGCUUCAAGUCGGUAUCAUUCCGGAACAACACCCACCAGGCCACACCACCAAACAAAGACGCAAAAAACAUCAACUUAUGGUACCACAUGUUACAAAAGCGAUCGGGCGAGGAGGUGUCAAUCGUGUCGCCCGCCCGUACCCCACCAACAUGACUCUCGCCCCAUCCUCUCCUCUCGUUCUUCGAUCCACAAGCCACUCUACCCCCCGGGAUCA